GUAUCGUUCUCCUUAGCUCAUUCAUGCCUCGCAGUAAAACGAAUGCUUUUAACCGACCUGUGUGUUGUGACCAACCUUAACCAAGACAAUGACAAGCUCUUAAAAUAUCAGUUGAAGCAUUCAGCAAGCAUCAAAUAACACAAAAGUUCAUUAAAAUGAGUCACUGAGGAAUAUUACCACCGUUGCUGGUGCAAAAGGAAACAGUUAUUUAUAUUUGAAGAAGUCGAAAAGUGAUCUAACCUAACUUUGUUGCGAUAAUAAGAUCCAGUGUUUUAAAUAAUAAUUUCCAAGUCAAUUUUGUGGAAGUGAAAUUGUAUUAUCAAGUUUAGUGAUUUUCGAAAUAAAUAUGUUAAACAUGUGCCUACAAAACUGCUGUGAUGUUGUAUUUGGGAAAUACUGAAGACUGGAAACUAGGUAAAUAAGCAGGAACAAAAAGCCGAGACAGAUCAGGAUAAUGCCAGUCGGAAUAAGUUUUGAAAACUCAGCUCUGAAGAACAGUUUUUCUCUUUCAUCUUUGCAACAGCCAACAAGUGAAAAUACGCCGGAAAAGGGCGUGAAAACCCGCCAGUUCAACAGUUUAACGAAAAAUCGGGUUAAAGCAACAGCCGUUAGAAGAUCAUGGGGAAGCACAGCGAGCGAUCACAGGGAAGAAUUUUGGUCCGUCCUGCAGGCCAAUUACAACUAUAUAAUGGACAACCAGCUUAUAGAUAAUUGCCAAGAAGUUAAUGGAGAUUUAUCUAUAAAUACAGGAACAUGGACGCUGAAAGAAUUUUAUUCUCAGUUCUCUGAACUCUAUUCCUGGUUGAAUAGCGUUCAAGAGACGAUUUAUGGUAAAGAAGAAAAUAUUACGGAUAAAGCUUUGCGAGCACGUUGUGUGAACAAGGUCCUCGAAAAAAGCUCGUCCCUUAAAUUAUUCAACGAUCAAGCUAGUCAACUCGUGCAAUUGUAUCCAGAGGUUCAGGAAGAGGUAGGAUGGAGGGCAACUCACCUAAAUUCCAAAUGGGAUUCUAUUCUGAGUAUUUUGGGUCCGUCAGAUUGCGAAAUGUGCGACCAAGAUACUUGUUUAGAUAUCGACCACGAACUAAAAUGUCUGAGGAGCUGGUUCAAGAUAAUGGAAUCUUGUUUGCAGCCUCUGGAUUUCAGAGCCAAAUACACUAAGACUGAAAUUGAAACAAAAGCCUUAGAAUUAAAUGUGCUACACCGUGAUAUUGAAAAUCACGGUAAAAUCGUAGGCUCGGUUGUGAAAUUGUGCAAGAGGCCCGAUGCAAAAUGCAACACCGCAAACGCCAGACGCAUUGCGAACGGCCUUGAGCGUAGAUGGCAUCUCCUGUUCCUGCGAUCCUUAGAAUGGCAAUGUUACCUGGAAUCACUCUCCAAAAGACAGAGCCUUAGGAAUUCGGCAAGCUCUUCAGACGAAUCGGACAGCGACUGUUACAGGGAACCGGCUUCAAAGUACCCGAGAUUGAGCGGCAAAGAAUACAGACAUAGAUCGUACGUUAAUCAGCCUGAGGACUACUCAAGUGAAGACGAUGAUUUUUCAGUAAAGACAAAUGAAAGCGUGAUGAGCGAGAACACCGGCUUCGAAGAGACAAAUGGUACAGAUGUUGUUGAUGGUGCCAUUGGAUUAGGCGGUGACACAUCCCAAUUCACGCAAUCGAACAAGAAAGCUCCUAAUCUAGCUACAUACUACUUUAAACACGAAGACACGGACUCUGACAUGGACAAAAUAGAAGGAUUUACACUUCCGAAGACGGACGAUCACACCAGCACUCUGGAUGAGACUUCCGAAGAAGAAUGGACCUACACGAAACUCGCGGAACAAACAAUAGCAAUGCAGGUCGACGAAGAAACAAGAAUCGAAGACGUUGAAGAGCACAUAGUCCCCAAAACGACGCUUAUAUCUGGAGAUGAACUACGAAUGCUUGUUCAGAAGGCAGAAGAGCUUGUUAGUCCGGAAAAAUCGAGGAAAAUCGAGAGAAGUAAUUCGUUGAAGAUGUCACGCGUGAACAAAUGGCUUAGCAUGGAAAAACCAGACGACAGUUGUGAUGCGAGCGGUGAAGAUGACGAGAAAGAAUCACAAGCAUCCGAGGACAUCGAUACAAGUACAAUGACAUUAAGGGAUUCUCAAAAUACUUCUUAUCCAGAAUUAAACGGAGACAGGACUUGGUGUGGCUCAUGCAUUUCCCAAUUAGGAACCACUUCAUCAACUGGGAUUAACAACUUUUCAAUAUCGGAAUCUGCUCUACAUAAAAUGCAUUUAUCACCAAAAUCAUUGGAUAGAUUCACGACCCUAAGCGCGAACGGUUUUAACGUUAACGGAAACAAUUCGACAUCCUCAACAGUGGAAGAAAUAUCACCGUUGGUCACUGAAAAGACCUCACCAAUCAGAAGAAAGAAAUCAAAAUUAAAAAAGAAAGCACUGUUUGGAAAAUCCGAUCCUCAUCUUUUAUACAGCCCUGGCACUAGCAGACACCACAGGAAUUUGUUGAUUAAAUCUGGCUCAUUUUCUGGAUACAGUUUACAAAAGGCGAACCACGAAAGGCACACUUCCAGCGAUCCAUCAGCUGUCAAUUACUGUCAACACGUCUGGGGCGAAACUUCAACAACAAGUGGUGCAGACAGCGACGAAGAAACGAGAAAACGAUUACCAAACUUUAAAAUUGGAACAAAACAAAGGUAUUUGCAUAACUCAGAAAUACGAGAUGACAGUCCGGGAAAAUCCAGUCUCAACGCCACGGAAUCUAGUUCAUUAUCAGAAGCUUGGGAUAAUUAUCAGGAAAACUACCUGUCAGAACCUUACAGUGAGUCACACGAUUCAGACGCUGCAAGAAGACUACUUAAUUUUGGAGAGGACUACAGAAAUUUCAUUGACAGUCAGUCUGAUUGGUCUGCGUUAUCUGAUAUGUCACCCAAAUUUAAAAGAAAAGUAUUAGCUCAGGUACAAGCGGCAGAAGAAUCGAAUGGUGAAGAGGAAAGCUUAAAGCAACUGAUAAAUGAUUCAAGAGAUCAGCUGAAGUACGCCCAAGAUGUCUUUGAUCACGUUAAGGAAGGAUUAGGUCUGGUUACUAAUGAAAUUGAUGAUUUGGUGUCAAACUGUGACCGACAUAUCGCCCUUUUGAAUCACAUCACAGAAUCCUCAGAAGAAUACAAGAUGUCUAAUAGCGACAAGGCAGUCACAACAGGACUGCUUAGUCAAUGGCGAGCGCUUAAGAUCCGCAGCACCAAAAUGCAGGAGUACCGAAGGUUGCAGAAGGAGAUCGUCGACUUGAGGGACUUCGUCAUUUCGUUGGAUGUGGCAGAGAACCGACAGUUCGAGUUUGGCAAUAAUCCAUCCGAAGACAUUAAUAACGAAAUCGAGGCUUGCACCAAAAUCCUAGAUCAGAUUAAAGCCCAAUCCGGAAAACUCUCAUCGUUGAAUGCAGUCGUCCAUAGAUUCACAUUAGAAAAUCAGGAUUUCGACGACUUUAGCAAAUGCACUUUGAAAGCCGAGGUUUCAGAGCUGUACGAGCUUUUCGAUAAUGCUAAAUCAAGAACUUCAAACAAACUGAGCGAAAUCGAAAAUCUUUUGCCGGCAUGGAAGAUGUUGGAGAGUCGGUUGGAGCAACUGCAAAAGGACUUGAUGGAAGACGGAAAGACGAUACAUUUGUUAGAUUCGGUACUGACCAAUGGCCAGUUUACUGAUCAAACAGCAACCUGCGUCCGUGAUGUAGCCAAGGUGUUGUCGGAGUCUACGUCUCAUCAGGGCUACCCUCUUCCAGAAUUAUUUACCGAAGGGUCCUUUUCUGACAGCGGGAUCUCAGAUGAAGGUUCAGAGCACGAAAUUGGCGAGAGGCAAGGAAGAUUGGCCGCCAUCAGGAGGUUGGUCAGGCAAUUGGAGGUUGGACUGUCACCCAAUUGCAAGGCUAGACUUAUUAUGAGAGAAAAACUGUCCGCGGCUGAGGAAGAAUUGAAAGCUCUUCAAGUGCGGUGUCGGAAUUUGAUAGUGAGGACUGCGGCAUGUUCUCAUCCAGUUUUAGAAAGAAUAAGCCAAAAAGAAAAGUCACCAGGGGACAAAUCGACCAAGCCGGAUGCAGACGGUGACGAUCCAGGAAGCGAUCCAGAGAAGGCAAGGUGGUUUAAACGGCUGUUCAAGGCGUCUGUCGCUUUUCAGCUCGUCAUCUUGACUUUUAUCUGCUUGAGCUGCCUGUACGAGCCCCAGUGUUGCGAUUACAUGAAUAAUUAUUCCUGGUCUGUGAGUCCCAAGUUGCACUACGAGGGUACGCCACCUAUAUAAGUUAUUUUCUAAGCCCUACCCUUAAUACGUAUUGCGAUCAAACAUAAAUCAAAUCAAUCACACCCUGGAAUCACAAUUCGUUUAUUUGUUAAUUAAAAAAAACAGACCUUUUUUAUUUCGUCAAAAAAGUCCUAUGCGUAUUUAGUCACUUGUAAUUAGUGUUAUCAGGUAGUAAUUAUUAAUUUUGAAGUUUAACUUGAUAUAAUGUCAUUUUAACAGAACUUCAACGGUUUUUGUAGACGUAUCUGUUGAAAAAAACUAAAGAGUUCUUAAAUAGUUAUAUUUAGAUAUUUUAAAUAUUUUUUUCUUUGUUCUUUGUUUUUUUUUGCUGGAAGAAUUUUGCUGGAUGUCGCUGGAAGAGCAUUUUUUUGCCCGUUAGGGAAAUUUUUUAUUAGUAAAUCACUGCUGACAAGUUGAUGUCUCCGUUGGAUUAACCAAACAACAAAAUAAUUUUAUAUUUUCUAGAUUUUCUUACUGUAUAAGUGGCAAAAUACCCAUAGGACUUAUAUUCUGAAAUUCAAAUGUGAUUUCAUGGCCUGUUGGAUGAUAUUUAUUUCUGAUCCCACGGUACUUUUAAGUAUGUAUAUAUUACUUAGUUCAGUACUUAAAGAGCCGUUUUUCGGUUAUAUUGGCAGGAAAAUAAUUUUGAAUUUCGCUUAAAUCAAGUAGUAAUGAAGCAUGAAUUAAGUGUUAAGUCUUAAUCUUAUUGCAAAUUAUUUUUCAUUAAUUAAAACUUCAUUUAAAUUCAGUAAAAAAAUUAUCGAUUUCUUUUAAAAAAUCUAAGAACGCUUAAUUCAAAUUUGUAUAUAAAAUCUUGGUGCUAAUCAAAAAAAAAGUUGGUCUACUUGCCCAGUGAAGAGAUAGUUAUAUUUUCCUUACCUAGUUACUAUUUUGUAUAGAGUGAGAUAAUAUUAGUAUUAGCUAUAUUCUAAAACAAAUUCUUAGGGUUUUUUGCUGCCAUAGUUCCAGUUUUUCAACUGCCAUUUUUUUAAAAUUAGAUCUCAAAAUGAAGUUCGCUCAAAUUUUGAACUUUUGAUCUUUUGAAAAGAGGUAAAACAGCCAAUCAGAUUAUAAUCUUUUUAAUGAUGAUUUUAAAAACGGGUUUAUUACAUUUUUUAUAUAUUGCUUACAAUAGUAUUUUUUAAAACAAGAAAAAUAUACUUAUAAAAUUAAUGUAGCAUAUUGCUAUUGAACUGUAUAUAUCUAUUUAAUAUUUUUUAGAAAAAGUGUAAGUAGUAAAUAUUUGUAAGUUCCUCAAAUAUUUUUUAAUAGUACAAGUAUGGUUUUAAUACCAUGGUAUGCGUCCAGUAGUAUUUUUUUAAUGGACCAGUACAUAAAAUAGUAUCAUUUGGAAUGCAGUUAAGCAUUCCAAACACAUUAACACAUUAUUUUUAUUUAUUGCUGUUUUUUUUUUGUUGUUUUGUUAUUUUUAUAGUUUUUAAAUAUUCCAACUCCUAAACUUGACGAAUUGAAAUAAUUCACUAGAAAUAUUCGUCAGUUUUUUUGAAUAAAAAAUAAUACUUGUGUUUUACGGAGGUAAUUCCGAAAGUAAUGGUACAAGAGAAACUUUUUAAAAAGUUUGUACGUUUGACGAUGAUAGCGACAGAAAAGAAAUACAAAGACGGCGUCUUUGGUCAGUGCUUUUUGAUAAAAAAAAAUCAGCCCAGCAAAGACUAUAAGUGACCGAAUGAUCUUUAAUAUAUAUUUUUUAAAACGAAAGAUCCACGUAGAGUCUUUGAUGGAGCUUGACCAGACUGACUAAUAAAGGAAAAAGCACUUAAUUAACCUUGUAAUGGCAACACGGGAACGAUUUGACACUUGAACAUGACAGAUCUUGCGAAAAGCACACUGGCUGCUUUCGAAGAUCUGCAAGGAUCAUGACUUAACCGGUUUGCUGGAGCUGAAAGCUCUUUAGCUUCGCAAACCGUUAACGUUAAUAUAAGAUUUAUUAAGUUAUAAGGUAUUUGCCAAGAUGCAGUAAUGGUUUAGUGCGUAAUAUUAACAUAAUUUUUUAUUUAAUCCAGUCAGUCCUUAUUUUAAAAUCGCAUUUAUAUAUUAAGCUGCAUGUUUUUGGCGGUUUGGAUAAGCGUAAUAACAUCGACGUUUCGUGUGUGUGUUCCACGUUUGGCAUCAUCAUUUUUAUAUAAAUAUAAAUAAAACUUAUUAACUUAUGUGCGUCGACGUUAUUAUAAAAUAAUUAUUACUAUGUUAUCAAUUAAGGCUGUAAAGUCAGAACAGUGCAAUGACUUAUCUGAAAGACUUUUAUAUUACUUUUGUUUUUAUACCUCAAAAAAAAAAAUGUUUUGCAUUGUUCUGAUGUAACGGCAGUAAAUGUAAAACGUAGUUUUUAGACAUGAGUGAGUUUUUUAAUAUUUUUUUUUUAAUUUACAACCAAGUUAAAGUAAUAUACCUACUUAAUUUACGUAUAUUUUUUAGGGUCUAUUAUUGGCCAAAGUUAAUUAAAUAUAUUCCAACUUCCAUAUUGUUUAAUGUGUUCAUCGUUACUUUAACUUGUCUAAUGAAAGAAAGAUCUUCACGUUUUUAGAAUUUUUUUAUUACAACGAACCAAGCUUAGUGAUUUAUAAAAACUAAGCCAGUAUCUGUUAUUUUUUCCUUUUUAUAUUUUUAUUUACGUCACAAGAAAACAAAAUCGAGAGUGCCUUGAGAAGUAACUAACGCUGUUUGGCCCGAAAUAUUGAUUAUAAGUACAUUUUCAUUUCCGUAGGGCAUUAUUUUUAAUUUCCUUUCCACUUAAUAGUUCAGUUAGUAAUAACUAGAGUGUUACUGAGCGAAUUAAGCAACUUAUUUUAUCGAUUAUGUUAAUUAAGGAGCUUGUUUAAAAAAAGGAAUGAUUUCAAAAAUAGUGUGUGUUGUCUAAUAACAAAGGCUAACGAUAAUGGCAUGAUAGGCCUGAUUCGUUAUUUUUUUAUAACAAAUUGCGGUUCUGCUGAAGUUAUGUGGAGUAAAUAAAUUAAUAAAGGAUUUUGGUUUUUCAAA